CACAGCGUAGUCCUUCAGUAGCUGGACUUGACACCUACACUGCAAUGUGGUGAACAGGAUAGACUGAUCAAGUGUUUGCUGCUGGGAGACAUAAGAGAGGGAUUAUUUCUGAACAAAUGUGCUAAAAGCUUGCUUUGGAUGGACAACCUAAUUACAGCCUCGACUGUAAGCUCUGGUGGAGGUGUUGGAGGAAGUAGCAGAGUAGUCACGGAAUCAGUAACUACUACUCACCUGGCGUCGCAAAGUGACCGUUCUCUGAGCGCAGGAGGGUCAGGUGAGCGAGCUGCAUCAGGCGGCACAAACAGCUCAGUUCUGUUCCCAUCCAGCAGCUCCCACGCCGCCGGCUCCAGUGGAUCAGGAGCCAGCAAGGGCCCCGGAGGCUUCGGCAUCACUACUCGAGGGGGCUCCUCUGCUGUAUCCUCAGGUGGAGGGAGUUCAGCAGCUUCAGGGGGAUCAGGGGCGGGGUUUAGGGCUGCUGGAGGGGGGUCCUCUAGCAUGUCCUCUGGUUUUGGGAGUGGUGGCAGAGAAGGAAAAAGGGAAGGACUAGGCGCCGUGACAGUUUCAACAGUGGCGAAGACCAGCUACAGUUCAGGAGGAUCUAGGGAAGCGAAGAAAGGAUCGUCCUCAGCAGUCACUUAUUCCCCCGGUCCAAAAGAGAGGAAGGGCCUGACCACCAUGGCAGCAGCUCUCUCAGAUGCCUUUGACGAAAGUUCAAGCCCAAACUCCUCUCCCGAGUACACCAGGAAGGAGUACGGUACUUCAAGUGCAUCUUCAAGUUCUGCCAACAGAGGGAGAAGUCAGAGCAGAGAGAGUCAGAUCAGAGCCAGGCUUCAGAGUGCCUCUCCGACAGCAAGAUGGACAGAGCUGGAUGACGUGAAGCGUCUGCUGAGAGGAAACAACUCCAUCAGCACCAGCCCCCCCCAGUCCCCCAACAACACGCUGCCCAUCCCCAGGAAGGCCAGCGUGGAAACCAGGAGCAUGUCUGAGAGCUCCAGCACAGACCACUAUGGCAGCGUUUGGUCCGGAGGUGUGAGCAGUAGCUACAGUUACAAUACCAACCCCAACAACCUGUCCACUUCCUCCACCCUAUACCCGUCAGUUCCUGUGUAUGGUGUUCAGAAUAACCUGGCCAGUACCAGCCCCAUGGUCCUCCCUCCCACUGGAUCCAACACACAAAUAGUGUAUGGUGUGCAGAAAAAUGUGUCUGGGCCUGGACUCAGCACACCCACAGUGAGACCCAGCAGCCCCAUUUAUGACGAGACUCCUGGCAAAGACUUUAAGUUUGUGCUGAUAGAGAAGGAGAAUGCUCCUGUCAAGAAGGAGACAGAGCGGCUGGUCAUGACCAAAGACACAGGGAAGCAGUUCAUGUCUGCUGCACCUGUUUCAGUUUCCUACUCUGGGGACUCACUAACGAGAGAGAAACAGAAGCUCUCAUCCAGCACAAUGGACGAGGGAUCAGAUGCUAAAUCUGCAAGCCUAAAGGUUGCCAAAAAAGACAAAGCCACCUACGCAGAGAUCGGUAAAGAUGACUCUGGCUUUAGCUUCUGCUCCUGCUGCAGCUGGUGGAAGUGGCUGCUGGGCCUCCUGCUCAGCCUGCUCCUCCUCCUCGGCCUCCUCUUUGGACUCAUCGCUUUGGGUGAAGAAGUGAAACGCCUCAGGAGCCGUGUUGAUGCUCUGGAAGGCAUCACUGCCGCUACGUCAGCCAGGUCCAGCCGCCUGUCAGCCUCCUCUGGCAUCAACAUCAUCGACCCGCUGGACUCGUCAUACAUUGACAGGAGUGCCUCUGGGUCGACCCUGACCCGCUCUGAUAACGGCAUCAACCUGGGGGCUGCUGGGCCGGAACAGGACAGCGCCGCCCUGCACAGAGCCGUUCAGCAGCUGGUCAGGGCUGAACUCCGCUCGGAUGCUGUUAGAGAUACACUUGCAUACUCACUAAAAGGGGAGAGAGGAGAUCCAGGACCUAAAGGGGAUCCAGGGCUGCUAGGACAAAAAGGUGAUGGCGGCUUUCCUGGCCUACCAGGCCCUAUGGGUCACCCAGGAUUGGAUGGACCAAGGGGACCCAAGGGAAGUGCAGGUGAGCCAGGUUCUGAGGGACCCCCAGGCCAGAGGGGCCGGGACGGACCGAUGGGCCCCCGCGGAGAGGCUGGACCGCCAGGUUUCGCAGAGAAAGGAGACAAAGGAUCUCAAGGCGAGGCAGGACGUCCCGGUCCUGCUGGUGCUGCUGGACCGAUGGGGCUGAAAGGUGCCAUGGGAGAGCAAGGUGCCUCAGGAAGCCCUGGUGCUCCAGGUCCAAAGGGUUUCCAGGGUGAAGCAGGAGCACACGGAGAAAAAGGCGAUCGAGGAACACCAGGGCUGGCAGGAACCAAGGGUGAUCAGGGAGAGAGGGGACCACGUGGACCAGCAGGUGAACCAGGACAACCUGGACCACAGGGCCCUGCUGGACCAAAGGGUUCUAAAGGAGCUGCAGGUGAUACGGGUUCGAUGGGACUUCCUGGCGUGAGAGGGUCACCUGGACUUCCUGGAGAUGUUGGUCCCCCAGGUGAACCAGGAUCGGCUGGUAAAAUCGUCACUCCAGUUGGCUCCAAUACUGUGGCCAUACCCGGACCACCAGGGCCUGCUGGGCCUCCAGGUCCUGCUGGAACCCAUGGUCUGUCUGGUCCCGUUGGCCCCGCUGGUGUCCCAGGACAACCUGGACCUAAGGGAGACCAAGGAGAAAAAGGAGAAAAGGGAGAGCAAGGAAAACCUGGCAAGCCUGGUAGUUCAGAUACUGUCAGUGCCACCCAAACCAGUAUGGCUGGACCGCCUGGCCCACCAGGAACUCCUGGAACACCUGGUCCUCAAGGUCCUCCUGGAAUUGGUUUACCUGGACCUCCAGGAAAGAAAGGAGAGCCUGGCAGCUUUGUGCCUACCUCAGAAACCUUUUUUGCUGGACCACCAGGACCCCCAGGGCCACCAGGCCCGAAGGGUUCAGCAGGUGAACAAGGAACACAAGGAUACCAAGGUGACCCAGGUCAACCAGGUCUUCCAGGGAGUCCAGGGGAAGAGGGUCUUGGUUUCCCAGGUCAGGCUGGACCUAGGGGGCCUCAGGGUCCUCCAGGGCCAGAGGGGCCACAAGGACCUAAAGGCGAUACAGGAGUCCCAGGGGCCCCAGGAAUCCCUGGGGUCUCCACUGGUGGCUCAUACAGUCCUGGUGCCCCAGGCCCACCUGGACCACCUGGAAGAGAUGGAAGUGGGUCUGGAUCCACCGAUGUGGGCCAGUACAUGGCAGAGUACCUUCGGAGUGACGGCAUCAGACAGUACCUGGCUGGACCUCCUGGGCCUCCAGGUGCCCCAGGGCCCGCAGGGGAUGGGCUAGUGGAUGAUGUGGCCAACCGAGUGAUCGCCUACAUCCAGAGUCCAGGGAGAGGAUAUGACGGGACUUCUGGCCCCCCUGGCCCUCCAGGUCCACCUGGCUCCAUCUCUGUCAACGACCUUAUCAACAUAUUACAACAGGAGGAUGUGAGGAGAUACAUUGCUGGUUCUCCUGGUCCACCGGGACCUCCUGGAGCUCCAGGCCUCAGCAACUACAUAUUAAACACCCAAGACGUGGCUGAACGUGUCCUCGCCCUCAUGAAUGAGAGGGGGGCGGUAGGUGUCCCUGGACCCCCUGGACCCCCUGGGCCUCCUGGAAACCUGUUAGCAACUGGGUACCAAGCACUUGUGGGUCCUCAGGGGCCUCCUGGUUCCCCAGGUAUCCCUGGUCCACAAGGUACACCUGGACCAGCGGGUCCACCUGGCCCACCAGGAUUUGUGAACUUUUACGGGGCCCCCCCUGAUCAAAUCAACCAACUGGUUUCCUAUGCGGAGCACGCCAACAGUGAGACGCUCAAAGCAGAACCACAACAAUACUUCAAGAGUGACAGCGUAAGAGGAGCUGUGUUCGGACUUCCUGGUACGCCAGGCCCUCCUGGACCCCCAGGACACAAGGGAGAGCCAGGUGUACCCUGUGCCGGACACUGCAAUCUGGAUACCGGAGAAUUCUCCAGUAUGGCUGUAAAAGUAACUGAUUACAUCAAAUCCCACAGCUUGCUCCGUGAUGUUGUGAGAGACUCUGAACGUCUCGUUCAAGGACCUCCAGGACCUCCUGGACUUCCAGGAAUGCCUGGACACAGCCAAUGGGUUAGUUCCCGUGAAAAUGUCGUGGAUGUGGUGGAAUACAUCAAAUCGCGCGGUGUGCUGCAUGACAUCGUGGAGGAAUACAACAGUCGUGUCUUUCAAGGACCUCCGGGACCACCCGGCCCCGCAGGUCCCCCUGGAUACAGCCGGUGGUUUGGUUCCCAUGAAAAUGCCACAGAUCUGUUGGAAUACAUCAAAUCUCAUGGUCUGCUACGUGACUUUGAACGGAACCACAAUGAACGCUCCAUUCAAGGACCACCGGGACCACCUGGCCCUCCAGGUCCCCCCGGAUACAGCAGAUUGUUUAGUUCCCAUGCAAAUGUCACUGAUUUAGUGGAAUACAUCAAAACACAUGGAGCCAUUGUAGGACAGCCUGGGAGACCAGGACAGAAAGGGGAAAUGGGAUUCCCGGGGCCAAAAGGAGAGAGAGGUGAACAAGGGCUACCUGGGCUAGAAGGACCCCAAGGACACAAAGGAGAAUUCUCUCUGCUGACUAAACGGAGGAGGAGGAGAGGCGUUGGUGUAUAAGAGUCAAGUUACUGAAUAUAUGGAACUUUAAGUGAAAUCCCGUUUUAGGCGGAGUUUGGUUUGUAUAACUGUGGUGAAUGUACUAAAAAGAUAUCUGUAUCUGUUUUUAGGAAUGAUUUGUGAUUGUAUUUUUAUAUUUCUGAAUACCUACCGUGCUAAAUUGUCUUUGUGAAUCAGGGAUUAUGUAUAGCUUUCAAUGAGCUUAUUUGUUACACUGUAUUUGGGGGUGGAAUUCAGAGGGGUGAUAUCUUUUACUUUGUGGGAUUGAAUGAAGAGUUCUCUUACAGGGUUUCCCCCAGUGAUAGUUCUUUAGCCUGGUGGCAAGCGUCUUUUUACGAAGAGGGCCCGGCCGGGGCCAGUCAUAGAUUGAUGGCAGCAUUAAUGUAGAGCCACAUAGUUUCUGUGAUAACAGAAUCCAGGAUGGAAUCGCAAAAUUGAGAAUUUAAAUAAACUAUAAGCCAGAUUCCAUAGGGCCCUACAUUAGGUCAGUGCUGAAAACGAACUGGGGGACUCUUUUUUUUCUUUUUUAUUCUUGUGGGCAUUUUCAAAUUAGAGCAUGUUUUAUAACUUUUAUAACUAAGAUGUUUUUUUUUAUUAUACAAUUGUUUAUGGAAGCUUUAACCUUUUCAUCACUGUCACAUAAUUACAAGUGUAUUACUUGGUAAAAAGACUAAAACAACUGUAGGACAGAAGUUUAUUUACAGCAAAAUGAAAAUCUACAUUACACAGGUAUUCUAACAACUAUACAUUUAUUUUGAAAAAUGCAUAAUGAUUUUGAUAUGGAUAUAAUUGUUAUCAGUCAACAUUCAGAAUUGAAUCAAUUUGCUUUUUUAAAUUUUUGUAGAAUCUAACUGACCAACAGAACAAGAACUAACAGAUUGGACUUUGGAAUUCUAUUUCUGUACGCUGCAAACCUCCACUGAGUAAAUGAGCUCUAGUACGGGCGCUGCAGUGUUUUUUUUUUUUAUAUAAAUAGCUAGCUGAGAAAGUUUUGUAAAAUGUGCACAGCACUCCAUUGCAAUUUUUUUACAUAAAAGUUCAGUUAUUAAAUACCUUUGACUAACCGUAACUCUCAAUAGCCAAUCAAAGAAAAUGAGAUGAUAAAAUGAACCAAUCACGAGUCAAGAUGGCCUAAACCAGUCAAAUCCAUCUUGUUUUUUUUACAACUGCAUCAAAUACCAGAUAGCUUUGACAUCAUUGACAAUACAUCAGCCCACAUAAAACUAAAUGCUAA